CUGACAUCACACCAGGAAUUCAUUCGAUCAACAUGCUCAAAGUCGAGCUCGUGCCGGCCGCCGGUGACAAGCUCGUGCUCAAGCUCUCUCCUCCGCCGCCGCUUGCUGACAAGCAGGCGUCUCUGGCGGACAACACGACCGUCAUCGACUCCGGCGAAGGCAACGCCAUCGGCAUCCCCUCCGAGCCCGUCUCGCUCAAGGAUGUCAUCGACACCGGCACCGGCGGCACCGGCACCGCCAGCACCGGCACCGGCAACGUCCCGCCCGAGGGCGAGCCCGGCCCGCUCAAGGACGGCAUUGACGCGGGCGGCGGCAACGUCGAGGGCGAGCUUUCGCCGAUGACGUCCUCCGCGAAGGUCGGAAUCGUGCCGGCUGACGACGGCCGCAUCACGCUCGUCAUCUCCGCGUCGGUGUCGCCUUCGCUCCUCGGAGCCAAGGCGUGCGGCGUCAAGAACGUCAACAUCUCCGUGGCAAAGUCUGGCCCGGAGGGCGUCCUCGAGAAGGACCCGGCCGCGGAAAAGGCGCCCGACGCGGGCGCGGUCGACUCGGACAAGGCCAGGGCCAUGUUCGCCGCCCACGCGCCGAGCUCGCCCGCCGUUUUCUGGUCCAAGUUUACGCGCCCAACCGGCCCACCGACGGCCCCCACCGGCGCCGUCGAGGGCGCCCUCAAGAAGGGCAUCCCUGCGGCAGAGUCUGGCGCUGAGGCCUCCGUUGACGAGACCGGCGCCAUCAAGAACGACCCGGUGCCGGCCACCAAGGUCGCCACGGCCCUCAAGCCGGCGGCGGCCGGCGGCGCGCCGCUGCCGUCGAUGAAGGAGUUUCCGGAGGAGGAGCCCGCCCCGGCGGGCGACGCCGACUGGAACGUCUUGACCAAGGAGUUUCCAGAGGAGACGGCCGCCCCGGCGGGCAUCGACGAGUGGAAGAUCCCCUCCCCGCUCCGCAAGCGCAAGGGCGAGUCCAACCUGAUCGACCGCUCCAAGAACCCCACCCCGAUCGGCCGCGUCGACCCCAACGGGUUCGCGGCUCUGCUCGGAACGGACCUCGACGAGGAAGACCUCGCUGACGUCGGCUCCGGCAAGGCGUCUGUCGACAAGGAAGACCUCGCUGGCGUCGGCUCCGGCAAGGCGUCUGUCGGCGACGCCCCGCCGUCGUCGGCGACGCCCUCGGGCGCCGUGGAGGAGACCGAGCCGACCUCAACGCGCUCCGGCUUCCGCUUCGGCAAGUUCUGCUCGAACAAGCUGCUGUGCGUCUUCUUCUCCGUGGUGAUCGGUCUGGGCUGCUCGGCCUUUGCUCUGUCUUCCUACGGCUCUGCCGGCGUCUCCGAGCUCCUCGACGCGGUGUCUGUGCCCGAC